AUGAGGCGGAACUUGGCGAGCUGUUACGACCACCCUGCUGUGAACAGGGCUCUGAGUGUGGCGUGUUCCCUCGACCCACAGUUCCACGGGCUGGGCUUCAUGGAGGAGAAGGAGCAAACAGCCACUUUUGACUGGCUGAAGAAAGAGGCUGUGAGGAUUGUGAAGGAGGACAGGAGAAGGCAAGAUAAGAAGCACAGCCAGAGCAAAAGAAGCCCUUCACCUGGAUCUCCAGAGUCGGAAAGUGACUACUUGCGGAGGAGCAAACGCCUCAAAGAAUCUCGGCCAAUCAACUUCAGAGAGAUCGAAGACGAGGACGAAGACAGCGACCUGGCAGAGGCCGACGAGAGCGAGUCAGCUGACCCUGGAUCUCAGGGCGGACUCUCUGGUAUGGAGUUCCUGCUGGGAGACCUGUUCUGCUCGGCUCCCAGGAGCAGACAGAGCUCCGUGGAGGAGUCUAUCGACAUGGAGUUGUCCGUCUUCAGAGCCGACAAGGGGGCUUCGCUGGGAGUGGAGCCCCUGCAGUGGUGGAGGACGAAGGCAGUGCAGUUUCCGCUGCUGGCCACAGUGGCCCGGGCCUACCUGGCAGCCCCGGCCGUGGCAGGAAACGCUGCGCAGGACUUUGUGCAGGGCGGGGCAGGAGCCACGUACAGGAAGAGGUCGAACAUCCCGCCAGAAAGUCUGGACGCAAUUCUGUUUCUGCAUCACAACCACGUUCCCGCCACUGAGAGAGGACACACAGCAGCUAGGAGCGAUGACAAGAUCAGUGGGAGUGAAAAGGUCCCAUAAACACACAAACAACAUCCAUUAUCC